AGAGGGAAAGAGACACGGAUUGAGCAAUAAGGAGUGAAGGAGCUCUCUUUCUCUCUCUUUUUCUAUCGUCAAGACAGAGAAGCUCCAUUCUUCAUAGAAAGUGCCCUUCUGCUCUUCCUGUUACGCCCCUAUCGUCUCUCCUAGCUCUGGAGUCUGCUUUACUCCUCACGCUCACAGCUCCUGCGUUUCCUUUCUCUCCCCUUUUCUCUCAGCAUUUCCUUUUGGUGUGGUGUGGGGCACCUGCGUUUUUGACUUUAUAGUCCGCCACUUGAUUUUGCUUCUGAAACAUUGCUAAAAGAGUGCGACGCGGUUAGAAAGCACGCUAGUCAGAGAGAAAAAUUAUGGCAGGAGGAGGAGGUCCGGCGAAAGCAGAUGAGCCUCAGCCACAUCCACCGAAGGAUCAGCUGCCCAACAUUUCUUACUGCAUGACGAGUCCUCCCCCAUGGCCUGAGGCCAUAAUUCUUGGUUUUCAACAUUAUCUCGUGAUGCUUGGCACAACUGUGCUCAUUCCUUCUGCUCUUGUUCCACAGAUGGGAGGUGGCAAUGAGGAAAAGGCACAAGUUAUCCAAACACUACUCUUUGUAGCGGGAAUAAACACAUUGCUGCAGACACUGUUUGGAACUCGACUGCCUGCCGUAAUUGGAGGGUCUUACACCUACGUCCCUACCACUAUCUCAAUUAUUCUGGCUGGUCGCUUCAGUGAUGUUGCAGAUCCUAUAGAGAGAUUCAAGAGGAUAAUGCGGGCAAUCCAGGGAGCUCUUAUUGUUGCUUCAACUCUUCAAAUAGUAUUAGGCUUUAGUGGCCUCUGGCGUAAUGUUGCAAGGUUCUUAAGUCCACUUUCUGCAGUUCCUUUGGUAUCCCUUGUUGGUUUUGGGCUGUAUGAGUUAGGUUUUCCCGGGGUUGCUAAAUGUGUGGAGAUUGGAUUGCCAGAGCUUAUAUUGCUAGUAUUUGUUUCACAGUACAUUCCCCAUGUGCUCCAUUCAGGAAAACAUAUCUUUGACCGUUUUUCUGUUAUAUUUACAAUUGCAAUUGUGUGGAUAUAUGCUCAUCUACUCACUGUUGGAGGCGCCUAUAACCAUGCUGCACCAAAAACACAGGCUACCUGCCGCACUGAUCGUUCUGGACUUAUAGAUGGCGCCCCUUGGAUAAGAAUUCCAUAUCCCUUUCAAUGGGGAGCGCCUUCAUUUGAUGCUGGCGAAGCCUUUGCCAUGAUGAUGGCAUCCUUUGUUUCUCUCGUAGAGUCUAGUGGAGCUUUUAUUGCUGUAUAUCGGUAUGCAAGUGCAACUCCAUUACCGCCAUCUGUUCUCAGUCGGGGUAUUGGUUGGCAGGGAGUUGGCAUACUGUUAUCAGGGUUGUUUGGAACUGUCAAUGGAUCCUCUGUAUCUGUCGAAAAUGCAGGUCUACUGGCUUUGACUCGUGUUGGCAGUCGAAGAGUUGUGCAAAUAUCUGCUGGAUUCAUGAUUUUCUUUUCAAUUCUUGGGAAAUUUGGAGCAGUUUUUGCUUCCAUCCCACCGCCCAUUUUUGCUGCGCUAUACUGCUUAUUCUUUGCUUACGUUGGUGCGGGAGGCCUUAGUUUUCUUCAGUUCUGCAACCUCAACAGCUUCAGAACAAAAUUCAUAUUAGGCUUCUCUAUCUUCUUGGGGUUGUCUGUGCCACAGUACUUCAAUGAGUACACUGCAAUUAAUGGUUUUGGUCCAGUCCACACAGGUGGAAGAUGGUUUAAUGAUAUGGUGAAUGUCCCAUUCCAAUCGAAAGCAUUCGUUGCCGGUGUUGUGGCAUUUUUCCUGGAUAACACUCUUCAUAGGAGAGAUGCAGCUAUUAGGAAAGACAGGGGGAAGCAUUGGUGGGACAAGUUCAAGUCUUUCAAGGGUGACACAAGAAGUGAGGAGUUCUAUUCACUGCCUUUCAAUCUAAACAAAUAUUUCCCAUCUGUGUAAUUUUGUGCUGAGAGCUGAACUUUAAGGCGGUUUCAAAUUGAUGUCGCUUCACCAAGUCUUAAAAGGUCAUUGUUUGAUCUUGCAUUAUCAGAUAGGACCUGGGUACACGCCAUAGCUAAAUGAAUAUUAAGAGUACUGCAAAACCAUUUAUUUUUAUUGCUUUCUUCUAUGUAAAUCUUGAGAGCUGUACUCGUGUUAGUAAUGUGAAAAUUUCCUGUGUCAUUCAUUCGAUUCA